AUGGUUCCCAUGGAUGUGCCCAGAGCUAAACAGUUGAAGUGCAAUAAUGCCGACCAUCCUGAUAAAUAUGGCCAUUAUCGUGAGGUCAAGUUUGUGAUGACCAAACAUCACUGGUGGUGGAAGCUACAACAUGUGUUUACUGGUAUCACAAGUUUACACAACCAUACCGGUCCAGUAUUAUUACUUGAAGAGGACCACUAUGUAUCUCCUGAUUUUCUACCUGUACUCAGGCAGAUGUAUGGCAUAAAGCAAAGUAAGUGUCCAGAAUGUGAUAUUCUUACUAUUGGAACUUACGACAAGAGCCCUCGUUAUCGGGACCGAGCAAACAAGGUGGAUGUUCUAAAUUGGCAGUCAUCCAAACACAACAUGGGCAUGUCAAUAGAUAGGGCCACAUGGCAGAGGCUUCAACCAUGUGCUGAGGAAUUCUGUCGUUUUGAUGACUAUAACUGGGAUUGGACAUUGCAACAUAUAAGUACUGCUUGUCUUAAGCCUCCCAUUGGAGUAAUGGUUCCGAAAUCACCUAGGAUAUUCCAUAUAGGAGAAUGUGGUAUACAUCACAAGGGAAAAUGCAACGCUGAUGAUCUUGUAAAAAAGAUUAACAACAUUCUGACAACAAACAGCGAGUUCUUAUUCCCAGAUAAUUUACAAAUGACACCAAAGACGAGACCGAUUCGUAGUAGGGAACCAAAAGCAAACGGUGGCUGGGGCGAUAUACGAGACCAUACGUUGUGUAUCACAUAUGGCAGGACUCAAUCAUGAUGUAGAAUUUCAAGAAAGUGCGCUAUAACUGAACUUUUGAAUUGAGAAAAUUGUGCUGUACCAAGUUGCACGAAUAGUUAUGAUCAACCGGCUUUUUGUUUUUAGGAUUUCCUCUCGUCUCUUAGGUUCUUCUACACCUUGGGGCUUGCCAUUCCUUCUACACUGUUGGGUUCUUCAUUCCUUAGUGCCUAGGCCCUUAACCUUUUUGAUCUACUGACCCUCAUGGUUAGUAUUGACAAUGUUUCUGAUACCACCCUUCCCCAUCCCAUUGGUAAAACAUAGUUUCCAUUUUUUAGAUAUUGUAAAUGCAAGAUUAUCUUUAUGAUGUAGUUCUACCUAAGUUUGCUUACCUCUCAGCCCCAACCAAGAUAAACUAUUGGGCCUAUCAUGGUUGUUGAGGCUUAUUUGAGCAGGGGUUUGUGUUACUGACCCCUUCAUACAUUUUACUGUUCCCCUUUCUGACUCCUUGACUAUACUGACCCCCCCACUGACCCCGACCCCACCUUGAAGGUGUCUGACAUCCCCCAAGGGGUUAGUAGACCUCGUGUUAAGAACCAUGACCUUGGGGAAUUAAUUAUACAAAAUACAAUGGCAUUUCAUUGUUUCUUUCUUGCUGAUGUUAACAUCAUCCCUUAAUUUUCUUUACACCCAGCAUUGAUACUCUUCCUUCAGGGUUGCCCCACACCCUGAUCAAGGUAUACGUUCAACCUAGGUUUCAAAUGCAACCAUGGUUACCGCCAUUCCAGGGUACUACCUCAUCUCAAAAUUCCUCUUAUCGCAAGGUUCUGCUUACCUCUUGGUUCCCCCAAUUUCAAAUCUAGUUUAACUUUAAGUUCACCUCAUACUUGUAGUAUGAUCUAUUUUGAAAAUGCUAUAAUUAUCCUUAGCAAAAUAUGUAGGGAACAGUAAAUGAUGUCAUUUGGUGUACUGUAUAGUUUAAUUUCUACAGGUCAUUUGGAGAAUAGUGUGUCUUGAAAUAUUAACUUUCAAGUAUUGUAUUCUCUUUGGUAUAGCAAUUUUUCUCAAAUUUUUGUGAAGGAAAUUUUGUACAUGAUUGUCAACUUUGCAUAAUUAUACCUUGAAUAUAAUUUAAUAGUUAAUAAUAAUAAUAAUAAUUAGCAGCCUGUUUUUAAACGUGUUUUAGAAAAGCGUGUAUUUGUAAAUAUCAAAGUUAUUUGGCGUCAAAUGUCAAAAUAUAGGUGUUGGGCAGUUUAAUGAAUUUGUUGUUAUAAUUUCAUGCCAAACUUUGUAGGGAUUUUUCACCUGAAUGUAAUUCAUUUGAAUCUGUUUCAUAUAAUAUAGGGUUAAAAAAUUUUAAAAAUUCACUUUUGUUCAACCAAGUAUCCUUCUGAAGUGAUGUUGUAUAGAGUUUAUAUUGUAUUUUCUCUCUCUUGCACAUAAAGAAGGUUGUGUGGCUGAAACUUAAUUAUGUUAUAUCAUAAUUUUAAUCAGUUUGAAAGAUACUAAAAUCCAUUGCUUUACAAUCUGUUCCUUGUAUUAGUUGAUGAAAGUGUAAAGCAUGAACCAUUUAAUAAUUGUUUUAUAUAUUUUUUAUACAUUUGUUUUGGUACUGGUUGCAAGUUCUUUGACAAAUUCUAAAACGUUGGAGUAGAACACUAAUUUUGUUUUGUUGGUUGUUUUUGUUGCUGCUGCUGUUGUAUAAUUAUUUUCAUGAAUUAAUUUCUCUUAAGUAUACACAUUUUACAUUGAUAACUGUGGUGAGACACUCUGCUCAAUGGUUUUGAUUGUUUGGUGUUAUGGGUUGGCCGUUCUUCUUGAAGUUUAUUAAUUGUAAACAAUUGAUAAUAUAAUUAUUCAGUGAUACAAUACUAUUGCACAGUCUGGCUCAAACGCUAAAGUAAGAGAGACGGGCAAUCCGGUCUGCUUCAAGUUUCGAACCUAACUUUACAAUACUAUUCAUCAGGUUCACCUGCUCGAACACAGCCAUAAUACCAUAAUAACACUGAAAGUACUGUACCCUAAAUUGGGUUUAGGGCAUUUAUAGAUAGUGCCUUGAAAUUGAAUCCAAGGACUCAAUUUAUCAUCAGUAUAUCACAUACUGAAUGUUUUACUACAUAACAAAUAGUAUUGAUCAUUAUAUUUCACUGUUUUAUUUCAUUUUAGGUAUUUUUUGGUAUUCUUUUUUUCUAAUUUGAUGCCAUGUUUUGCUUGGUUUUGUUGUCUAUAUUAUCAUUUUUUAUUUUGAGUGUAGUUCAUGGUGUUGUUUUACAUUAUGGACUAUAUUAUUUCUAUUCCAAUUCUAGGCACAUGGAAAAACAACUUUAUCCUGGGUUCAAUUCCUGUGACUUUUUCUCAUGACUAAAAACAACUCCAUAUAGAGACUUCGUUGAUUAAAUCAUCACAUUAUUUCUUUUAUUCAAGAGGGCCCCUGAUUAUCAGCCGACCUUUAAAGCUAGACACUCACUGCAUCGCACGACCGUCGCACGACGAAUCCACAUUUGCUUCAGGCGAGCUAUAGACGAUGCAACGGCGUCUGCUGAUUGUCAGUGGCAAUCUGAACGGAUCCUCAUUAAAAAAGACGAUCCGUUGUGUCCGCGUCUUCGCGUGCGUUCUUCGUCGCGUUGGAGUGAGUAACCAGCUUUAGGAUACACUAAAAAAGAUACCCUUUAUAAAUGUGGUUUAAAAAAAUUAAUAAUAAUUUACCCGAUUCAUGCGAAUAAAACUUUGCUGGUAUUUGUCACGAGAACUUGAUAGUGUUGAUGAAACUUUAAUGCUCAUUGUCUCUAUAAAUUGCCACGACCGUUGUGUUCUUCCCUUCUAUAAAAUUUUCAUAAAUUUAAUAUUAUUUUCAAAUUAUCCUCCAUUUCCAAAAACCAGGUGGGCUUUUUGCCUCUUCCUUUUGAAAUAAAAAAUUUUUAAACAAUAAAAUAAGAGUGAUAAGAUUAUAGUUCAGCCUCUUAAGACACUUCUAAUUUGAAACCACUUUUUAAAAGUACACACUAACAAUCGUCAAUCUUUCCACACAAAGCUUACUCUAUAAUUGGGGACCGGACCCUGAGACCACCCCAAAUUUUUAUGACCCAAACAUGGUUUCGAAUUAGAGGAUGCACUGUAUAAAUUUUUUUUUUUUUAUUGCUUUGGGUUGUGAUUUAAGUGCAAUUUAUGUAAAAUGCUUAUAUACAAUUUUGAAUAAAAUAUACAAUCCACUUUAAUAUAUGCAUUAUAGUGUCUGGGAUUGCUACGCAGUACGAUUACGCUGAAAACACUGUAGCGACAGUGUAAUGAAUUUAGGGAAACCAGACUUAACAAUCGAUAGAGGCUGCAAGCAAUUCACUUUUCUGGCAUCCAAAAGAGUUCUUGUACUGCCAUAUCAUGAUAAGGGCAAAUCACAUGUUUUUCACAUAAGAUGUGAUAGUGUACAGACAUCUAUACGUAGAAAUUGGAAAUGUGCCCUCAUGGAAUAUUGUGUAUUUUUCACUAAUGGUACAUCAUCAUGUUAUUGGUUGGUUGAUUUUCUGGCUCAUGAUUACCUUCAUUUCAGGCCUUCAUCAUCAUCUUCUGGUUCUGUGCAUUACCUCUAUUAAUAGAGUACUCUCACAACUUGGCAGGGCUUAUCACCUACAUUUGUCUAUCCACCCAGGGGUAUAAAAUGGGUACCUGGUGUAAUCAGUGGCAGCGCCAGUGGGGGAGGGCAAGGAACAUUCCCCCAACUAAACCUGAAGUAAAAUUAGUUGGCAGGGGUUUGGUUAAGCACAUCUUUUGAUGACAGUUUUUCAAACUUUUGCUUUUCCUCGCCACCCCUGUCCAACUUUUCUGUUUUUGUCGAAAGAUUGA